UCCAUUGCUAAAUUACUACUAUUGAUGAUUUACCCAUGCCUCCUGCUUUGUUGAAUCAGCAGCAACGGAAUCCUUGUCGUUACGCCCAAAAAUCCAAAUGCAAAACUCCAAAAUAUUUUCUCCAACUUGGAGUAGUAAUCGAAAUUAUUGUUCCCUCCAUUUAAAUUGUGCUCUGUGAAAGGAAAUCGAAUCAAACAGCUAUUUACUCCGACGCCUGCCGCCGUUCUUACAUGGCUUUGUCGCGGCGGCGCCACCAGCAUCACAACCGCACUCGAUGCUUGAUACCCGCCAUUUCAUCCGUUUCGGCCGCCCUUUUUCUACUUUUCUUUUGCUUUUCGUUUCUAGUCCCUUCUCCUGGAGACAGUGAUCACUUCCACCAAACUCGACACUAUUCCUCAAUGAAUGAUGUUAUUGAUGAAGGCAAUGAGGUGCCGGUCUUUCGUGUUCCGACUAGCGGCGGAGUAUAUGAUCGUGAUAUUUGGACUUCAAAAAAUGCUCAAUUCUACUAUGGAUGCAGUAAUUGCAGCAUCAAAUUUGCAAAGGCUAAAGAUGUCACACGUCCAAACCAUUACUUGGCGAUUGCAACCAGUGGAGGUCUAAAUCAACAAAGAACUGGGAUAACUGAUGCCGUUGUUGCUGCUCGCAUGUUGAAUGCUACCCUUAUUGUUCCAAUACUAGACAAGACGUCUUUCUGGAAGGAUAAUAGCAACUUUUCCGAGAUCUUUAAUGUCGAUCGGUUUAUAUCUUAUCUUGCAAAAGAUGUUGAAAUCGUAAAAGAGCCCCCACGGAGGAGAGGACAUAAAUGGUUAAACACUACUUUUUUAUUUAGAAAAUAUUAA